CGAUGAGUGAGCACAGUAUCCCAUGUCGUCGGCGAGUUUAUUCGAGUGAGGCGCAGUCAGCUCCAUCCUUUCACUGGAGUCUCCGUCUGUGCAGUUUCAUCCGCCGCCCGCGCGCCGCUGCCGCUGCUCUGUUGUCGCUGUCGCGUGCCCCGAUCUCCUGUCCAACUUUCAUACCACAUCGUUCUCCUCUUUCAGCACAUCCUAUUCUUGUCUUGCAUCUCACCGGAUCAUGCUCACCUUCUUCCGUGUAACCGCCUAAAUCACCUCUCCAAUCCACCGAACCGCCGCCGUCUCCUCCACUCAUUUCCGCUUGCGCCGAACUUCGAGCUACUCCUUGACUACGCUUGCGGCACGAACUCCGGGAACACACUGCACUUCGUACAUCCUCACACUUACACGGCUCUGCAAUAGACAUACUGUACAGCAGUGACAAGAGAGGAUUGAGAGCAGCAUGGCCGCACCGGACAACACAAUGCCCGACCUGGGCAAACCGCAAUCGCAAGCGAGACACUUUUUCGAGCCUCUGCUCGUUGUCACCAUUAUGCUGGUAUCAUUAAUAGCGAACCGCGACCGCAACUUCUCGAUAAUACCAGGACCCGACUCGUCCUCAGAAUCGCUUAUGAAGAAUGCCUCCUACGAAGAGACAACACCCACGUCGAGUCGAAGCGCUUCACCCGAGGGUCGCCAAAAACCCAGCAUCGAGCUAGUCAACAGCCCAUUCGUCUCGCAAUCCGAUUCGAACAUGAACUUCCCAUCGAGAAUCCUCCAACGCUUCCCCUUCUUGGUCGAGAUGUUCUACUGGGCGCUGAACUUUUUGGCUUAUGCUUUGACGAAGAAGAUUGGAGCUGCAUUGUACAAUCGAAAUGCCAAUAACGAGGUGACCGAGCUGGCACAAUCGCACGGGAUUGCGAUUCUGAAUUUGGAACAUAACACUAUGGCGAAGAUUUUCUUUCCGAUCUCCGAGGUAGAUUUCCAACGCUUCUUUCUGAACGGACAUUUGGGCUUCAUGACUCUGUUCAACCAGUUCUACUCCCUUGUCCAUAUUCCUGGAACAGUCGCAUACCUCUCCUGGUGGUACUACACCGCUCCCUCCCAUGACCACUUCGCCCUCGCUCGCCGCACAAUGACGCUGGGCAACUUCUCCGCCUUCAUGAUCUUCUCCUUCUGGCCUUGCAUGCCUCCGCGCCUGCUUCCGGAAUCCUUCGGGUUCAAAGAUACUGUGCGCCAGUCCAACGCCGAGUCCGUCUGGGUUGGCGGCGCGAACGUCAACCAACUUGCCGCCAUGCCUUCACUUCACUUUACCUACGCCUUUACCAUCGGCUGUACUUUCCUCUGGCACUCCGGACUCCCUAGCAUGCUUCGCGGCCGCCGAACGGGCAAAAGCCCUAUCCUCAGUUUCAUUUGGAUCUUGGCCGGCAUCCUGUACCCUCUGCUCGUCCUGUCCAUCAUUGUGGCCACAGCGAAUCACUACUACAUGGACGCCGUGGUUGCGACCUUCUCGGUUGCCUUGUCGUUCAUGCUCAAUCGGGUCUGGUACGUUCUGUUGCCGUUGGAGGCGCUGUUCCUGAAGGUAGUGAGGCUACGGAAGCCCACGCCCACGACCGCGCAAGGCAAGAGAAAAUUGCUGGAGAGGCCGAGAGUUAUCGUGGAGGAGUGGGCGUAAAAUACACGCCGGAGUCUGCGAACGCUGUCUGCGUUUUGUUUCGAGCAUAAGCCUUUCUUGUUCAUCUCAUUUUCGCUCGAUUGGAUUUGGCGUGGAGUCCUGGAGUUUUCAAGUUUCCGUCUUUCAACAAGUCCUCAUCGAGGAGGGCCAUUCCUACUUUGCUGCGAGAAGUACAGCGCGGGAGAGACAGGGAAGAAGUGUGUGGAUAUGCUACAACGUUGCUCGAUCUGUCCUGCAUAGUUGACGGAGAAUUUCUUGCGCAACAUGUCGAAUUUCUGCAUUGCGUGAGCUGGGAAAACAAUAUGCCAAAAUUGAAUGGGGUAGGAAGAGAGAAGGACACGGAUGAAGCAGGCGCCUGUAUGAUGUCCUGUAGUGAGUGAGAUGAUUCGGAUUGGAUGAGGACGAUGCUGGACGCCACUGAUAGCUCCAUUGAAUUGUGAAAUGUAUACCAUGCUUGUAAUUACCAGUCAUCUUACUGGAUAUUCUCUUACGGUGC